AUGUUAUUUAGUGGAGUGUAUCAUAGCUCAUCAGAAGAGGUUCUUUCCGAUGGUGAAACGACAUCAUCAAUAACAUCAGAUGCUACAUCAAGAACAACGACAAGCGAUACUUGGUAUGAUGUUAAAAGUGAUUUUGAACAACAACCAAUAACACAGUUUGAUCAUACUACAGAGGCGAAUAUAAGAAUGAAAACAUUUGAUGAUCAUGAUGAAGAUUUAAUUAGGUCAAUCAAUGACAUAUAUAUCGAUGGUGGUACUACCGAAGACAUAGACAAUAUGAGAGCUACUGAAAAUAAUCUCCAUGAUAUUCCUAAUCAACAUAACCAGAAACAAGACACACCAAAAGAGUGGGUGAAUCCAUAUUGGGGUAUUCAUCGGUUACCGACAACGAAAGUAACAGGGCCACGAAUUCAAGGAAACAUAGAAAGUUCUAAAACUCACCGUGCGUCAUCAAACACAACAAUACAGCAACUCAUACCUGGUUCUAUUUUAAUUAAUGAUAGAGACGAAAUCGAAGACCCAUUAUGGAAACAGAGAAAUUCAAGCGUUGAAUCUUUAACAUCUAGCAAUUCAUUUCAUCCCGGUGGACAAUAUAUAUCAGAUGAACGCGGUGGUCGAGGAGGUUUUCUUGCACCAACGCAUGUUCAACAUCACACUGCAACGAUACCGUCUGAUUUACCUGAAAAUUCUACAGAUAAUUUUACUUAUAAACAGUAUAAUUCAUCGUCUGAUGAUAGUUCUCGCAUGCAAUCACCAUUAAAUCAUGAGCAAACUUCAUCAGAACCAGACAUCUACGAAAAUAAACAAUGGGAAAAUUCAUAUUGGUUAGCAUCAAAUGAACUAGAUACUGAACUCACUACAGAUACGACAACAAGCUCGACUCCUUCUCUUAUUUCUGGCCUUCAACAGAAGGAGACUUUAUUUCCAAAAGAGGAGUCAAUUUCUCUUUUACAAAAUACUGAUUCAGAGCCACUAUCAAGUUCAAUUGAAAUACCUUGGCCCCAUACUAAUUGGGAGACAAAACUCAUUGGACAUCCAACAUCAGCAACAGAUGAAACGCAAUCAACAACAUCAUCGACCGGAUCUUGGAAACAUAACGAAUCUCACACACCAACAUUCGAAAACCAACAAGACGAAACAUCGAGGCAUUCAGCUACAGAAGAUAGUGCAUCGGACGACUUCAUGUCUCCUGAACAAAACAAUAGUUCCUCGGAACAUCUCUCUUCGGACGAUGAAAAAUCCAACACCUCGGCACCUGCUAGGCAAGAAGACCUAUCGAAGGAUAAUCCAAAUUCGAGACACAAUACAUCUGAAGCAACAAUAUCCUCAAAACAAUCAGAUACACCGACAGCAACUGUCGAUUGGAACCACUAUCAAUCUCAUGCUACGACAUCAUCAAAACACCAAGACACACCCUGGGUGAAUCCAUAUUGGAAAGAUUAUAAGCCUCACAUUAUUACUUCGUCAAAAGCACAAGAUAAACCGUGGGUUAAUCCGUAUUGGAAGGACUAUAAGUCUCAUAGUGCUACGCCGUCCAACCAACAAGAUAAACCAUGGGUAAAUCCUUAUUGGAAAGACCAAAAGUCUCCAACUGUCAUCCCGUCAAAACAACAACAGAAACCAUGGGUGAAUCCUUAUUGGAAAGACUAUACGCAUCAUAUUCCUAGCAUGUCGAAACAGCACGAUAAACCAUGGAUCAAUCCCUACUGGACAGACUAUCAGUCUCGACCUGUCACACCGUCAAAACAACAAGAUAAACUAUGGGUCAAUCCGUAUUGGAAGGACUAUAAGCCUCAUACGACUACAACAUCGCAGCAGCAAGAAAAACCAUGGGUGAAUCCUUAUUGGAAAGACUAUAAGCCUCGAACUACCAUGCCGUCAAAACAACAAGAGAAACCCUGGGUCAAUCCUUAUUGGAAGGACUAUAAGACUCACACCACUACGACGCCAAAACAACAAGCUAAACCAUGGACCAAUCCUUAUUGGAAAGACUAUAAGUCUCGAACUGUCAGGCCGCCAAAACAACAAGAUAAACCAUGGGUCAAUCCGUAUUGGAAGGACUAUAAGCCUCGAACUGUCACGCCGUCAACACAACAAGAUAAGCCUUGGGUAAAUCCUUAUUGGAAAGAUUAUAAGCCUCGAACCGUCACGCCGCCAAAACAACAAGAUAAACCAUGGGUCAAUCCGUAUUGGAAAGACUAUAAGCCUCGAGCUGUCAGGCCACCAAAACAACAAGAUAAACCAUGGAUCAAUCCGUAUUGGAAGGACUAUAAGCCUCGAACUGUCACGCCGUCAAAACAACAAGAUAAGCCUUGGGUCAAUCCUUAUUGGAAAGAUUAUAAGCCUCGAACUGUCACGCCGCCAAAACAACAAGAUAAACCAUGGGUCAAUCCGUAUUGGAAAGACUAUAAGCCGCGAACUGUCACUCCGUCAAAACAACAAGAUAAAGCAUGGGUCAAUCCGUAUUGGAAGAACUAUAAGCCUCGAACCGUCACGCCGUCAAAACAACAAGAUAAAUCAUGGGUCAAUCCUUAUUGGAGAGACUAUAAGCCGCGAACUGUCACUCCGUCAAAACAACAAGAUAAAGCAUGGGUCAAUCCGUAUUGGAAGAACUAUAAGCCUCGAACUGUCACGCCGUCAAAACAACAAGAUAAGCCUUGGGUAAAUCCUUAUUGGAAAGAUUAUAAGCCUCAAACUGUCACUCCGUCAAAACAACAAGAUAAAGCAUGGGUAAAUCCUUAUUGGAAAGACUAUAAGCCUCGAGCUGUCACGCCGCCAAAACAACAAGAUAAACCAUGGGUCAAUCCGUAUUGGAAGGACUAUAAGCCUCGAACUGUCACGCCGUCAAAACAACAAGAUAAGCCUUGGGUAAAUCCUUAUUGGAAAGAUUAUAAGCCUCGAACUGUCACGCCGUCAAAACAACAAGAUAAAGCAUGGGUCAAUCCGUAUUGGAAGGACUAUAAGCCUCGAACUGUCACGCCGUCAAAACAACAAGAUAAAGCAUGGGUUAAUCCGUAUUGGAAGGACUAUAAGCCUCAUACGGCUACGAUAUCGAAACAGCAAGAUAAACCAUGGAUCAAUCCUUAUUGGAAAGACUACAAGUCAAGAAGUGUCACGGCGUCGAAACAACAAGAGAAGCCAUGGGUUGAUCCGAUUCGAAAAGACUACAAGCCUCAUACCGUCACGGGGUCGAAGGUGCAAGAUAAACCAUGGGUCAAUUCACUCUGCAGCGACAAUAAAACGCCAAUGUCGACUUUGUCGAAGACGCAAGAUAUUCUAUGGGUGAAUCCCUAUUGGAAAGAUUGGAAGCCAGGAGGUUUGAAUAGAUCCCAACAAUAUCAGAAUGUACCUUUCGCAAGCGGUAAGUGGCAAACUAGUGCAUCACAAACUUCAACAACUACUAAGGAAAGAAGUUUGGAAGGAGCGAAACAACAGGAUAAACCAUGGGUUAAUCCGUAUUGGAAAGACUACAAGCCUGAUACUAUGAAGCCUUGGAAACCGCAAGAUAAACCGUGGGUUAAUCCAUACUGGAACGAUAAUAAAACUCUAAGGUCGAUUACUUUGCAGAAACAAGGUAUACCAUGGCAGAACCCCUAUUGGAAAGAUUGGAAGCCAGGCUCAUUUAGUACUUCGCAACAGUACCGAAAUGUGCGUUUCAAAAGUCCAAACCGGCAUAGUGGUGCAUCACCAAGUUCAGAAACUGGUGAACAACGGGAUUUCAAAGAAGCAAAACUGAAAGAUAAACCAUGGGUGAAUCCAUACUGGGACAACAAUAAAACGUCAACGUCGACUUUGUCGAAGAAACAAGAUAUACCAUGGCAGAACCCCUAUUGGAAAGAUUGGAAGCCAGGGUAUUUUAAUAGAUCCGAAGAGUACCAACAUUUAGGUUCGAAGAAUCCUCAGUCGCAAAAUGAUCGACCGCAAACGGCUGGAACUACUAAAGUUGAAAGUUUUGGAAAGACGAAAGAAAAGGAUAAGGCGUGGGAGAAUCCUUAUUGGAAGCAUGAGCAUAUAUCAAGUACUGUACCAAGAUGGGCAUCGAGUGCAUCAAAGAGAAGCAAAUAUGGCAUCGAAUUAACUAAUGCAUGGAUAACGGACAAUGUGUCGCCUCCUGAUCAUAGAGUUCCACCUAUUCCAUCAUUUUAUAAACGCAUCUACCCUGUUAAUAUACCCCCAGCUUCAAUUCCACUGUCGACAACGAUUAACAAAAAUAAAUCACAACCUGAUAAAGAACCGAUGCAUCUGGGGUCGAGCAGUAUUCCAGAUGAAAUAUACAACAACGGUGUAAAGAACGAUGAUGAUUUUUCACCAUAUACAAUUGAUCGUCAAGGAAUAGCGCACUACCAGUCACAACCGUCAUCAUCUUUUAUGACCGAAAAUAAAACAGUUCAGUUCGCUACUUCUCCAUCAACUACUGAGAACCGAAUGUCAUCUACAUAUUCCACUAAUACUAUUCCAGUACAGGAAAAACAUACCAUGGCACCAAAAUCAUCUAUGUCUAAUGUUACAACACAAUAUCUAGCAAUUAAAACAACUCCUUCGUCUACAACUAACUCUCGACUAUUGGAACCUUUGAAUUCUCUACAUGCUUCAUCAUAUUCACCAACCAAUUAUCCAUCAUCAACUCAUUCUCGAGUACCUCUAAUCACUCUAGACGAAUUACAUGAUAUUCAACAUGCGCUUCGUUUAUUGGAGAUCAACCCAAAUGCUAUACCUACUAUAGAAACAUCUCAACAACAUAUAGCAACAGUUUAUGCUAAUGAUGAAAAAGCUCCUCAUCUACCGGUUAGAUCUUUAUUUACAAAUAACGCUAAUAAGCAAUCUAUACAACAACCAUCAUCAUCAUCAUCCUAUCCGCGAAAUGAGCAAUCCACUUUUUUGUCUAAUACUAAAUCUCAACAAUCGCCAAUAGCGUCUUCAUCAAAGAAUUCCUCAAAUCCGAACGACAUUUUCAAUAGAUUUAUUCAACCAGGAUCUUUCAAUCAUAUUUAA